GGACGGCGGUGUUAGCAGCUUUGGCAGAAAAGGCCAAGCUGACGGAGGAGAUCUUCAACACGGUACCAGGCAUCACCUGCAACCCGGUCCAGGGAGCCAUGUACACUUUCCCCCGCAUCACUCUGCCUCAGAAGGCCAUCGACAAAGCCAAGGAGCAAGGUCAAGUCCCUGACAUGUACUACUGCAUGAGGCUGCUGGAGGAGGAGGGAAUCUGCCUGGUACCAGGGAGUGGCUUCGGCCAGAGAGAGGGAACCUUCCACUUCAGGAUGACAAUCUUGCCUCCAACAGAGAAGCUGAAGGUGGUGCUGCAGAAGAUCCGAGACUUCCACUUGCGGUUCACGCAGGAGUUUUCCUAAUGGUCCUCCGCCUUUCAACCCCAUCUCAAGAACCAACCCCUUCAGUGCCAGUAUCUUUAAGUGCCUUCAUGUGAAAGAGCUUUUGCGCAAGAUCCAUCUCUCAGCUCAAGGACUGUCUUCACAUGUAAUCAGACUUUUAAAGCUCUGUUCACUGUUUUGAGCAACACAUGCAAUCAGAUGUCCUGUUCAUAUGUUCCUACAGCAUGUCAAGAUGCAGUGAGUUUCAGUCUAUGAUGCACUUUCUUUAAGUAUUACCCAGCCAGGUCUGUCAGAUGUUAUGGCGCUGAUUGUAUGUCAUGAGUUGAAGACCUUUUAUCCCGUGUCAUGUCACAGAUGCUGCUACAGGUGCAUCCGUCUUUUGCCAAGUGGUUCUAUACGUGUCAGUUUAAUAACAUGUUUGGUGAUUACUUGAUUAAUUUAAUCGGCUGUGGAUGAUGCACCAGAUUGGGAAAUCACUGUUUUUCAAAGCCUGUAUCAGAAUGUAGCCAUUUGUAUUACUAAUGUUUAAAUUGUUCUUAAAUACGAUUAAAAAAACCUGUUGUUUUAUGAA